GUCAUUUAAUAGUGAUUCAGCUAGGAAAAAUUCAUUGUUUUCAAAUUAAUGUUUCAGAGUAGCUGAAUUAAAAAUGGAUAACAAAACAAGUACCUACUUGUUUAGCCUUUGUAUUUUCUUGUUUUGUAUUGCCAGUAAAUAUACAGUCACAGGUCAAACUGGAUCAUGUCUCACUCCAGAUGGCACAAAAAUAUGUUGCUUUGGAUGCACAGGAUAUCUAUCUACAUGCCUAUGCUCUCCAAACUGUCACAAACACAUGCAGUGCUGUCCUGAUUAUCAAACAGUUUGUCAUCCAGUGUCAACUACUUCAACUACGACAACGACUUCUGCAACUACAGUUGAAGUACCUGACCCUGUCACAAAUCCUUCCAUUAUCAAUGUGACACAAAAUUCAAUAUCUCUGCAGUGGACUCUUGUCUCAAAUGUUAACUUAUACCAAGUGCUUGGAGGAGGACUGCCACCAGAAGGAGUGAUAACAAAUACAACAUCCAUAACAAUACACGAGCUUCAAUCUGGUGUAUGUUACACUUUCUCCAUUGCAGGUGUAGCCAGAGAUGGAAUAACUGUGGGACCAGCAACGGAGAUUUCUACCUUCACACUACCUGACCCUGUCACAAAUACUUCCAUUAUCAAUGUGACACAAAAUUCAAUAUCUCUGCAGUGGACUCUUGUCUCAAAUGUUAACUUAUACCAAGUGCUUGGAGGAGGACUGCCACCAGAAGGAGUGAUAACAAAUACAACAUCCAUAACAAUACACGAGCUUCAAUCUGGUGUAUGUUACACUUUCUCCAUUGCAGGUGUAGCCAGAGAUGGAAUAACUGUGGGACCAGCAACGGAGAUUUCUACCUUCACACGACCUGGCUCUAUCACAAAUCUUUUUGUGACAAGUGUAACUGCAACGUCUAUAUCUUUGGGCUGGAAUGCUGUCUUAAAUGCUAUGUCAUAUCUUGUAUUUGGAGAUGGACUUCCCAAAGGAGGACAAAUGGGUUAUAUAACAUCCAUGACUAUAAAUGGCCUUAUACCUGGAACAAACAACUCAUUCAUAGUCGCAGCUUUAGCUGGAGAUGGUGUAACUGUGGGAUCUGCUUCAGAGAUUUCCGCCUUCACAAUACCUGGCAAUGUUACAGGCCUUCAAGCUACAGUUGUUAACAAAACCUAUAUUUCUGUCAACUGGUCAGCACCAUUUGGAGACAAAAGCUCCUACUUUGUAAUGAUGGUGGGAGCUCCAUCAACGAAUAUUACAACAACCACAGAGAGAACAGUGUUUAGUGAUGUAAUUCCGGGAACCAACUAUACCAUCAGCGUAUAUGUGAUGGGCAAAGAUAACGUAUCGGAAAGUGGCCCGGUUUCUAAAACCAUUUAUGUUCCUAUACCAUCUGAUUGGUGUGCAUCUCGACCAGUGAAUCAGUGUUGCCAUAAACCUGAUAACACCUGCAAAUCACUAUCCAAGACAUGUUCCUGUGAUGUUUCGUGUCCAAAGUCCAACAGCUGUUGUGAAGAUUAUUUUCAGCUAUGCCAUGAAAAAAAUUAUUGAAGCAAUUCGACCUGCUCUGCCCUCAGCAACAAAGGAUUAUUGAAUACUUUGAAAUUUGAAAAUGAAAGGCAGUAAAAGAAAUGAAAUUAUGAGUUCUGGCACUAUACUUAAGAAGAAAGAAAAUCAAUGGACCAAAAAUAG